CGAAGGAGCGGCGGGCUUCGGUUCGUCUUUAGUCUGCGGUUUGUUUUGGUCUUCGCUUAUUUGUUGCUUGUAGCGUCACCGUGAUAGACUGAAAUCUAAAUUCGCGAUUCUUGCUUUUUUUUUACCUUUUGAACCGGAACUUGAGCGCGAACAGCUGAACAUCCAAGCAUAAUCUUCCUGCCGCACAGCCUGCUGGGUAUAUGAUAACGUCGGAAAUGCGUUGAUUGGGAGGUCCGCCGCGUGUGCAGACAUGUCUGUCUCUCUGUCAGCAGAGAGAGACAGGAUCCAGAGAGAGGUGGAGGAGCUGGAAGAAAAUCUGUCUCUAACCAAUGCUGAACUGGAGCUGCUAAGCAGUGGGACAGAUAAUGACUCCGAUUGGGAGGAUGUGGAUGGGCCAGUCAGACAGUCUGCAGCAGGUCUGUUGGCUGAGAAAGAUAAAAUCCAGAAAGAAAUCAAGGACCUGGAGGAUGAGCUGGGAGCACACAACAAAUUAAUGUCUCCUUUCUGUUUGGCAGAUGGUGAUAGCAGCGGCAGUGACGAGAGUGACCUUGGCCUGUCGCCAUCAGUGGACUCAUGUCUUCAGAUGAACCUCGUCUAUCAGCAGGUGGUCCAAGAAACCCUGGACCAGCUGGAAAAACUACUAACACAAAACCAGAAGGAGCAGAAGGAGCUGGUAACUCAGUUGUCUGGACCAAUCAAAGAGCCUUCCAAACAACAGCCCACCAACUCUUCCUACCAGCAUCCAAUGAAGAUGUAUCUGGGUCGCUUUCUGAAGCCAUACUUCAAGGAUAAACUGACAGGGCUGGGUCCUCCGGCCAAUCCGGAGGCGAGGGAAAAGGCGAGCAGGAUUGCGGGAUGUCUGGACGACAAGAAACUGAAAAUCAAACGAUGGGAGAGCUGGCAAAAGACUCUCUUGAUUCAUGCAGUGUCUCGAGAGGGGCUGAGGAGACUCAUCCAGCCCAAACUCUCCAAGGUGGACUACCUGAGUCAGAAGCUGCUCUCAGCAGAGGAGGCAGACAGGCAGCUAAUCAGAGAGCAGAUAGACAACUUGGAGAGAGAGAUCGACUCACUCAGACAGAAGAAGGAAGAGGAGAUGAUCGGCGAUCGAUAUGAAGAAUAUGACUGGCAGAAAAUAUCCAACAUUGAUUUUGAAGGGACGAGGGAAGCAGGGGACAUCCGCUGUUUCUGGCAGAACUUUCUCCACCCGUCCAUUAAUAAGACUCGGUGGAGCCAGGAGGAGGUGCAGCGGCUGAAGGAGAUCAGCAUGAGAUAUGGAGAGAGAAACUGGGAGGCUGUCGCACUAGAGCUGGGGACUGGGAGAACAGCUUUCAUGUGUCUUCAGAUGUACCAGCGUUUCGUCUCUGGCUCACUGAAACGUGGUAGUUGGACUCCGGCUGAAGAUGCUCUGCUCAGAGAGCUGGUGGACAAGAUGAGGAUCGGAAACUUCAUCCCUUACACGCAGAUGAGUUACUUCAUGGAUGGUCGUGACCCGUCUCAGCUGAUCUAUAGAUGGAACCAGGUUUUAGACCCAAGUCUGAAGAAAGGACCGUGGACGAAGCAGGAGGACAAGUUGCUGCUACAAGCUGUGGCUCGUCAUGGAGAGAAGAACUGGUGGAAGAUCAGGUUGGAAGUUCCUGGACGCACUGAUGGGGGCUGCAGAGACAGGUAUUAUGACUGUCUAAAGGCAGGGACAAAAAGAGGGCCAUUUGACAGGAAGGAGAGAGAGCUGCUACUGGAGCUGGUGGAGAAACAUGGAGUCGGUCACUGGGCAAAGAUCGUUGCCGAGAUUCCUAACCGUACUGAUGCUCAGUGUAUGAGGACGUGGAGGCAAAUGGUCAAAGUUUCAGAUGAGAAAUUGGGGUUAGCUAAAAAACCACCAAGGAGACGAAGGGGAGAUGAGAAGAAGAACAAGAAGAAGUUGAAGGUUGCUACAGCCAACAAGAACAUCAGGAGACGCCUCAAGGCAAUAAAUGACGAGGUGAUCAGUGAGGGGGAAGAGGAGGAGGAAGAGAUAGAGUACAUGGACAGUGAGGAUGAGAAGAAACAGAUCAAAAAGACAGAGGGAGUAGAAAUGGAGACACUUGUGGCGGUACAAAAGGAGGGGGAGGAGGAGGAAUCAGAGGAUGAAUACACCUUCCCAGUCAUGCAGGAAUGGAUUCCAGUUGAAAAAGCACAACCAUUCACCUUCCUGAACUUUCGUCCAGUGGUGUUGGUGUCCUCCAAUGAGGCUCACAAUGACAAUUUUGUCCGGUCGACCAUUGUGGGGAAGUUCGGACGCUCCGUGAUCGUUGGACCGCAUCCCAGGGAGUUGCAGUGGGAAGAACGCCACAACAGCAGCGCCAUGAUGAUGGUAUCACCUGACCAGCUACGAGCCCACCUGCACCACCAAGCGCGGAGGUUCAAGAGAAGGGCUCAAUGUAAAGGAAAGAAUACAAAAACCAGCAAGCCGCUCUUAAUGAAAGGAAUGACUGCCCAGGGGAUAGACCUCAUGCUUCAGGCUGCGGUGACGCCAUGGAUCGGCAACCUGCUGAUCCCAGCUAGCACCAGAACAACAGCAAUAGAUGUCCUGAGGGAGCGAGGAGAGAAGAAAGGGCUUUCUUCAACAUCCAUUUUCAAGUUGUUCCUCCAAGUCACGAACGUGGAUGUCAUAGGGUGUAAGGAGAUGAUAGAUCAGAGGCAGAACGGUGUGAUGUUCCUGACUCCACCUGCUGACCCUUCUUCUGUCAAAUUUAAGAAUGCAAACACUGUCGCAGGAAUGCUUCAGCGGAUAAAGUUGGAGAUGCAGAAGCUGCCUGAGGUGGACAGACAGACUCCCCGUUCUCGGCUCCUCCCACUGAUGCCUCCUCAGAACCAACCCAGACUUGUUCUGCAGGUGCCUCCUAAUAUAAGCCCUCAAGUGGCUCCCAUGCCAUUUCCUCAGGCUGCCUCAAUUCCUCAUUCUGUCUUACAACUGAAUGCUGCUUCCUCUCCGGCUCAACACACAUCUCCUCAUGCAGGGGUCACCAUUUCUCCACUUCCUGCUCUUUCUACUUGUCAGACUCUGACUACCCCCCCAGUUUUUGUGGUCCCAAUGCUCCAGAAUAUCGCCCCUACCUGCAGCCAACAGGCUGUACCUUUGACUCAAAGCCUCACAGCCUCAUUGCCCCCAUUCCUUAAUCAGCCUAUUUCUGUUGGCUCCACACAUGCUGCUGUCCUCUCUUCUGCUGCCUGCCCCAGCCAGAAUUGCCUUUCCCCCACCACCCUAAAGCCACCCAGAGAAAGAGGGCAAAUGGAGAAUCAUGAGAGUCAGAAUAGGGUUGUACAUACAGGUGUAGCUGGAGAAGUGGACGUGAAUAAGGAUGGAAAGGAGACUCAGAAACUGAGUCAGAAGGCCAGCGCGUCACAUCAAGUCACUGAAGCAAAGGCUGAAGUCAUAAAGACCACAAUGUCGGCUCCACUAAAGACAGCCAGUAUCCAAAGUUCAAACUUCUCCUCUGCCUCGCCCCUUCCUCCUCACCAGCUCUGCAGUGCUCCCAUUCAGCAAAUACCUCAGACUGUUUGCUCCUCCAAAGCCACAUCUUUUACAGCUCCUGCUGUUGAUGUUAUCUCUUCUUCCUCACUCACAUCUCUUCAUCUCACACCAGAUGACUCUUCGACCUCUGUGAACCUCUCCGUUCCCCCACCCCAGUCUGACACACCUUCCUGCUCUGACAGGGCUGUGCCUUCAAGUCUAAACCAUAGUUUAGUCCCACUCCCCUCCAGUCUGACCAGUCCAUGCCCACCUGAUUGUUUCUCCAGUGACCACAACUACCCUUUUUUAACACCUGGCCCCACCCCCAUUCAGCAUGGCUCUGACUUGAGUCACCUUUGUCUUGUCUCAAAGCAACCAAUCAGCAGUGUUCCUGUUGGCCAGACCAAGGAGAAGAAAAGACAGAGGGAAGUAAUAGAAAAGAAGCAGGUGAUGAGCAACAAGGAUGACCAGUGUGUGGGCAGGACAAGUACAGAUGUGGAUGGAAAGCGGGUCCGAAAGCUGACUCAUAAAGCCAAAUCUCUGCAGGAAGAAGCUCAGGCCAAGGCUGAAGCCAAGAAGAGAAAAACUUCUGCCUCGUCUUCUCAGCAGAAGCGCUCUCGCAGUGCUGGCGGCACUCGUAGUGCUUCUAGCGCUCGCCGUGCACGCUCGAAAGGGAAAGUGAGCACACAGACUCCAGUUGUGGGUCAGCCGCCUAGGUUGCAUUUACUUCCUGGUCAGUCGAUGUGGGUCAUGACUCCUACAGGCCUGGUCCAAUUUGCACAAGCCCCGCCCCAAGGCCUGGAGAUGGCAGUAAUAAAAAGUGUUCCUCCUUCCGGGAAUGAUUUAAGCCGAUCCCCACCCCCACCACAUGUCCAAUUCCCCACCAGAGGACUGCGGCCGCUUGCACCUAAACCGUCCCCUGUGCCUAUACCGAUAAACCUCCUCAAUUUGAAUCAGUCUCACCCACUUCUUGCCCCACCCUCAGUCCAGUCAACUGUCCUAGACCAUGGCUGUUACUCCCUCCCCUUCUGUCCCCAACUGUCUUCCACCAGCUUCUCACAACGAGGCACAGUCAAAGUGGACCCCCCAGAGCCCAGGCCCUUCAGGAAGGUGAUGCUGCAGAUUGACCCCUCACUGAUGUUCUUGGAACCCCUAGCAUCAGUACAUGACUGGCUAAGUGGGUCGGGAGGGGUGGUGGUACCAGGAGAGGGCGAGGCUCUACCCUACCUUCCACCCUUUGUCGGUAAUCUGAGCACACUCAGUGCGCUGCUCCGUGCCAAGAAGUCCCUACUAAGGUCAUCCCUGCAGCUGCUGCGCGAAGGCAACAAACCCCGAUGGCCCCGGACGAGUUCCAAGCCUGAUAGCAGCGCAGAAGCAGCAGCAAAAAACAGCUCCAAUGAGCCUCCACCUCAACCUCCAGCAGACCUGCCAGACUCCACCUCGGACUUCACACAUGCUGGAAAACAACCACACACAAACUACCUGACUGCAGCCCCCUCUGCCAGCUCUGACCACCUGCAACAGCAGGAGAAAAAAGAAGAGGAAGAGGAGGAGGAGCAGGUGGAGGCAGUGCGUCAGCUGGUCGCUGAGCGUUUCUCGAGUAACCCUGCCUACCGUUUGCUGAAGGCUCGCUUCCUAUCCUGCUUCACUGUACCUGCACUCCUGGCUACCCUGCCACCAGUGAGAAAGGUUGAAACCUGCCAGACCAAUGAGGAACAGGAGGAGGAGGCAGUAGAAGGAGAAGAGGAGGUGGAUCUAAAGAAACUCAAAGAGAUGGCAAAACGGAGGAGAGCUGAGAAAUCAAAGCACCUGCUGUGUGACACCUCUGGAGCUUCAGCCAGUCACUUUUCAGGGAUCAUGGAUGUCACCGGACCCACUACAGACGAGACCUGACCAGAGGCGUGGAAAUCAAAUCACCACUUUCCCGGAAAAAAAUGUUCAUUUGUAUGUUCGGGUCACAUGUUCAGUUUCUCAGGUUAAAGUGACCUUUAGUGUACAAUUCUUUAUAAUUCCCAUCUGUUUUUAUAUAAACAUUAAUGCUUUUCUGGGUGAGUUCACAAACAUUUAAAGCCACAGAGACACUUUUCUGUUUUAUCAGGGACCCUCAGAAAUCUGACUUUUGAGUGUACUGAUGAUAUUUGGAGAAUUUUGCUUUCUAAGACUGUGAGGUUAGUUCUUACAGACUGACGUGAGACUGAUCUCCAACAGAAGAAUGAGAUCAGUCGAAAUGACUGGAAAGUGAUCAGCAGGGAAGUAUAAGGAAAUAAGGGUCAGUGUUAGAUGUGUAUAGUAAUUUUUGAAUAACUGAUUAAAUUGCACUAAGACAUUUUUCUUGUCUUUUUUUUUUUACUGCUGAAAAAUUUCAGCUUCUGUUUGCAAAAGAUAUGUUAUUUUCUAAUA